GAAACAAAACAGCAUAGGGCAAAUGGAAAGGAGCCGGAAAUCCUGGCUAAGGUUUACAGCACUGCAAGACUUCCGAGAGCAGGCGCGAUAAAUACAAAGACUCGUGUUUUAGAGGACAACUAACACCGCGGACCGACUGCGAUGCCGACAAUACACUGAAACAACGUUCAUCUAGACGUAAACUUCGACCACACAAGUAUGGACUAAAACGCAGAGUUUAUCGUCUCAGGAUAACGACAAAGCACCAGAAGCAGUCGUGUAGGGCAGCUGCGGUACCCCUAACUUGGUCUCUGGCUUGAAGGAGUCGGGCGGAAGUCCGGUCACUGUUGCCGCUGGUUGAACACAGGCCAGCCAAGAUGGCAGAAUACUUGGCGUCCAUUUUUGGGACAGAGAAAGAUAAGGUCAACUGCUCUUUUUAUUUUAAAAUUGGUGCCUGUCGACAUGGAGACCGCUGUUCCAGAUUACACAAUAAACCAACAUUCAGCCAGACAAUUGCCCUCCUGAACAUUUACCGGAACCCUCAGAACAGUGCCCAGUCUGCUGAUGGUCUGACCUGUGCCAUCAGCGACAUGGAGAUGCAGGAGCACUAUGAUGAGUUUUUUGAGGAGGUCUUCACAGAGAUGGAAGAAAAAUAUGGAGAAGUGGAAGAAAUGAACGUGUGUGACAACCUUGGGGACCACCUAGUAGGAAAUGUGUAUGUGAAGUUCCGUUACGAGGAGGACGCCGAGAAAGCCGUGAUAGACCUGAAUAAUCGGUGGUUUAACGGACAGGCCAUCCACGCUGAGCUCUCUCCUGUCACAGACUUCAGAGAAGCCUGCUGUCGCCAGUAUGAAAUGGGGGAAUGCACUCGUGGUGGCUUCUGCAACUUCAUGCAUCUGAAGCCCAUCUCACGUGAACUGAGGAGAGAGCUCUAUGGGCGCCGGAGAAAGAGCCGUCAUAGGUCUCGGUCUCGAUCAAGAGAGAGACGAUCUCGCUCAAGGGACAGAGGUCGAGGAGGUGGCCGUGACCAUGAGAGACGUCGCUCCAGAGACAGAGAGCGUUCAGGACGAUUCUGAACCAGAAGCCAUGACUACUUGUCCUUUUCUCCCCGUAUCCAUCCCCAAUCUUUUUUUAAGUUUGUACCCUCCCAGAUCUAUUCUAGGACUUGAAAGGUACCUGACAGCAUUGAUGAACUUGUUUUUUCUUGAUUUCUGAAAAUGACUUUCACCUCAUUAAAUUG